GUAGGGGGGCGUAAUAGGAGGAAAAAAUAACAACAUUUUUGUACUGCUCUCACUGCAUCUUUUAUCCGCGUCUCUGCCGUGCAAGUGCCACAUCCCACUACCAGCAGCAGCAGCAGCAGCAGCAGCCGCCGCCGAUUCCUAAUCGCAGUCUCAAUGCUUAUUUCGCAUUAGGCUAAUAUAAAAAAAAUCCGUGCCAGACAUGUGAGUAGCAAACCAUCGCUGUCGUCCUGACUGCUAUGUGCUUACAAGCUAUUGUAUCCUUACACCAAUGCGAACAAAUGGUCAUUGAACCGUGUUGUUGUUCAUUUAGUGUCAGUGUGCUGCUUCCACGGUGGCUGAGCCGGGCUCCCCGCACUCUGACGCCGCAGAUGGAGCCUCGCUGGCGGAUUGUUUUGGGGGGCUCUGCGUCGGUUUGGCUAAUUGAGCCAAACGCUGUGAUUUUCGUGCUGUAAAUAGCCCAGAUAGAGGGAAAGCCCAUUUAAUCACUGGGCUGUGUGAUAAGUGUGUGUACUGUAAACUAUCCCGUUCUUAUUUUUGUUUUCUACAUUGAUUGAAGGUAGCUGUGAAUUGGUGGUGUGGAGUCCUGCCUGGCAUCUCCAGUCAGAUGUGGAGGGAGGCCCAGGGGGGAUAACAUGAAGCUUCUCUUGAAGAUGUCUGUCCAACAAUCUAACUGGCUUGUGACGACGAUGCCCAGUCGAAGAUCCUGGGAUUGAUCCGUAAAUCCCUUUAAACUGAUGGCCUGGACUAAGUUUCAGCUGGCCUGCUGAAGCUAUGGGGAGCUGUUGGAGCUGUCUGUACAGAGACCCCAUCCGAGACAACCAUCUUACCAAAUUUAAGGUCACCAAUGUGGACGAUGAGGGUAAUGAGCUGGGAUCUGGGAUCAUGGAGCUCACCCAGACAGAACUCAUUCUCCACACACGUAAACGAGACGCCAUCCGGUGGCCAUAUCUCUGCCUGCGCCGCUACGGCUACGACUCCAACCUCUUUUCUUUCGAGAGCGGUCGUCGCUGUCAGACUGGGCAGGGAAUAUUUGCAUUCAAGUGUUCCCGGGCAGAAGAGAUCUUCAAUCUGCUUCAGGAGCUGAUGCAAUGUAACAGCAUCAACGUGGUGGAAGAGUCGAUGAUGAUGAGUCGCAGCGGUCACACACCAGAGAUGGAAAUGUCUCGCACACCACAGACUCCCAACACUCCAGCGUUCCCUGUUCAGGCUUUUCCUAAUGGAUACCCUGGUUAUCCAAUCAGAGGGGAAUCCUCCCAACCCUCUCUUGCUGACGACCACGGAAAUGGUCUCAUGGGUUUGGAAGACCAGACCCACACCUAUGUAAAUACUGUUAGUAUGGAGGGGGAUCUCUCUAUGCGUCACUGUGUGCACUCUCUGCCUGAGGUGCGGCCGAACGCUUUCCCUGAAACACCCCGAGGAGCCAUGCCUGUCGGGGUGCAAGGAAAUCCGCAGCCCAACCUGCGGUGCUGUCCCCUGGAGGAGCAUAAUGACCCUCAGGUGUUCUUACAGCCAUCUUCGCAGGAGGUCAAAUUCAUGCUGGGCCCUACUCCGGCUCAGCGUCAUUUGCUGGAGAGAGAGAGGGACAGAGAGAGGGACAGGCAUGGCCACAAUCCUCACAGCCUUCAGCCAGCAGAGGGAGCCACAGGCUCAGAGACGGAGGGAGACGAGCCCACCAUGCACAUGUGCAACUCUCAUUCCUAUCCCCAUUUCCAUCACCACACACACCGGCACCCGGACCUGGAGCACACGGACAGCUGCCAGAGCGGCGAGCUCACCUACGAGAACAUCAACGGGCUGAGGAGCGUCCGGAAGCAGCGGCUGAGUCCCAGCAGCGUGUCGCAGUCUGUGGGUUCGAGCAGCAGCAGCAGCACCGGGGACAGUCACACCCACUCCCUCCUGCACCCACACGCCCUCGGCCCCUCGUCACUGCCCCCCCAGGGAUACCCCUGUGAGAGGGGCAUGGGCGGAGGUCAUCGUCGGACAGCUCUGCUCAACUACGAGAACCUUCCCUCUCUACCACCGGUGUGGGAGUACAGAGCUCUGCAACGGGAUGAUGAACAGGAAGAGGAAGAUGAUGAGCAGGAUGAGGAGGAAUACGAGGAGGAAGAGGAAGACUUUGAUGAGUAUGAGUUCUCAGAAGGCCCAGGGACACCCAAUGGGUACCACCAGGAUGGUCGUGGCAUCCAUAGAGACGCCCUGCAGAAUUACGUCAACACAGAGCAGGUCCAGCCGCCCCGGCUUCGACACGCUUUCCCCCCGCAUCCGCGGUCGUGUCAGCCAGACAGAGGGGGGCGAAUAUUUAGCUUUGAUUUCCGCGGACGGUCAAGGUCAGGGGUUGGAGGCUGUGAGCACGGCCACAUGCCUCCAUCGCGGCAGUUGAAUUACAUCCAGGUGGACCUAGAGGGAGAACCUCCCUGCCAAGCCCUCAGCAGUGGGGGUGCCCAGCCACAGCCACAGCCACAGCACCAGCGCCUACCACCCAAAAAAUGUGGCCCACAGGCACCCCGGCGCAGUGAAUGCUACGCAGUCAUUGACCUAAAGAAGACCGCUGCUAUGUCCAACCUGCAGAAAGCUCUGCCCAGGGAUGAUGGCACUUCCAGAAAGACUCGCCACAACAGCACAGACCUGCCUCUGUAAACGGUGUUCAAACUGAAGAGGAGCGACGAAGACGGAUGAAGGCUUAUCCUCAUCUUAGCACACUGGACCCUUCACUGUCAUCCAUCCAUUCAACUGUCGGGCUGACUAAUACAGUACAGAGAUCCUGUGGUGCACCCAGCUGAGAAGAAUACUGAUCAGUUUGCUGUUGCUGAAAGCAACUCUUUGGAGAGGGGGCUUUGUGAUGGAGG